AUGUCCAACAGCAGCUCCUUCAAUGAGUUUCUCCUCCUGGUGUCUGCAGAAAUGCAGGAGCUGCUCUUGCACUUCUCGCUCUUCCUGGGCAUCUACCUGGCUGCCCUCCUGGGAAACAUCCUCAUCAUCACAACCGUAGCCUGCACUCACCACCUCCACACCCCCAUGUACUUUUUCCUCCUCAACCUCUCCCUCCUCGACCCUGGCUCCAUCUCCACCACUGUGCCCACAUCCAUGGCCAAUUCCCUGUGGAACACCAGGUCCAUUUCCUACUCGGGAUGUGCUGCCCAGGUCUUCCUGUUUGCCUUCUUCAUGUCAGCAGAGUAUUCUCUCCUCACUAUCAUGGCCUAUGACCUCUAUACGGCCAUCUGCAGACCUCUGCACUACAGGACCCUCAUGGGCAGCAGAGCUUGUGUCAAAAUGGCAGCAGCUGCCUGGGCCAGUGGUUUUCUCAGUGCUGCCCUGCACACUGCUGACACAUUUUCAAUACCACUCUGCCAAGGCAAUGCCCUGGGCCAGUUCUUCUGUGAAAUCCCCCAGAUCCUCAAGCUCUCCUGCUCAGACUCCUGCCUCAGGGAAACUGGGGUUCUUGUGGCUAGUCUUUGUUUAGUCUUUGGGUGCUUUGUCUUCAUCGUGCUGUCCUACGUGCAGAUCUUCACAGCCGUGCUGAGAAUCCCCUCUGAGCAAGGACGACACAAAGCCUUUUCUAUGUGCCUCCCUCACCUGGUUGUCGUCUCCCUGUUUCUCAGCACUGCAAUGUUUGCCUACCUGAAGUCCCCCUCCCUCUCCUCCCCAGCUCUGGAUCUGGUGGUGGCUGUUCUGUACUCGGUGGUGCCUCCAGCAGUGAACUCCCUCAUCUACAGCAUGAGGAACAAGGAGUUCAAGGAGGCACUGAGGAAACUGAUCCAAUGGGUACAAGACCAGCGCCAAUAA